AUGUCGGCAUCAAGAUCAUCGAAGCAGCUCACGACGCUGUUCCAGUCGCUGCGCGUCGGGUCUAGCAGCUCGUCUUCGUCAGCGCUAGCCCGUCGAUGCAUGUCCACAUCGCACGUCGGUGCUCAACCCGCAGCUUCCUCAUCCAAGUCGGCGCAAGCAGCUCCUCAGAAGCAGCAGUCGCAACGAUCCGCAGCAUACCCCUUCUCAUCAGCCGCACUGAUCCCCGAGGUGCCCACGUUCGUCUCCACCAAGACCAAGAUCACCCCUCCUCCUCCCGCCAAAACGAUCUUCGACAGCGUCAUGCCGCGCGUGCACACCGCUCUGCGGGCGCGCUACGACCCUGGUAACCGUCUCACCCAACUCUUCGAUCGCAAGUCGCCCACGCGCAUUCCACCCGGCUCCGUCCUCAUCGUCGAAUCCUGGACCACGCCGCUCAAGACCAACUUCUCCUCCUUCUCCGGCGUGCUGAUCGCCAUCCGCCGAAGAGGCGUCUCGACCUCGUUCGUCCUCCGAAACCUCGUGCAGAAGUUGGGUGUCGAGAUGCGCUUCAACCUCUACUCGCCGCUGCUCAAGGAUGUCAGGGUGAUCCAGAAAGCAGAGGCAGGGAAGAACGACAAGAGCGGAAAGCUGAGGAGGACCAGAAGGGCAAAGUUGUACUAUUUGAGGAAGGACGAUAGGAGGUUGGCCGGUAUCGGGAAUGUGAUCAAGCAGCAGAGGUUGUUGGAGGAGAAGAAGACGCAGGAGGCGGCCAAGAGGAGAGGUGGAAGGAGGUGA